AUAAUAAUGGGUGCCACCCUUGUCCUAAGAAUACACACGAUUCUCUAUGGGAUGCACUGGACAGGGCAGGGCAGAAGUGGUGGUUGUUUGUCCCAAACCGUGAUCCAUUAUCUGCAUACUUACGAAUGCUGACUUGCGGCUGCUGCUGAGUCGGAGGAAGGGAGGGCGAAUCUGUCAAAACGGAAGGAAGGAGACAGUGGGAGGGAAUGGAGGAAGAAGAAGAGGGCAGAGCGAAUCGAAUCUCAAACAGACAGACAGACAGACAGAAAGAAAGAAAGAAGCAGAAACAGAAUCAGAAAAGGGCUGCCGGGAGUGGGAGUGGGAGUGGGAGUGGGAAUGAAUCUGCCUGCGAGACACAGAGAGAGACAGUCAAAGAGCCUGAGAGUGAGUGACACCCAAAGAAGGGGCAGUGCAUGAAUCAAAUUCGAAACCCUAAUAACAUCACCCAGCCACCCACCCGGGUCCAAUUCCAAUUCCAAUUCCAAUUCCAAUUCUUCUAAGCUCCCUUCACUUCACCUCGCCAGCAUAGUACAGUGUGUAUCUUCCAUCCCAUCCCAUCCCUUCCCCACCUUCCUUCUUUCUGUCUCUGUCUGUCUGUCUGUCCGUCGUAAUUAGUAAGCUACUGGGGUGUAAAUGCCGGCCACUUCGCACCUUCUCGCUCGCCUUCGCCGCCCCAGAAGACUUCCCUUCUCCAUUCCCACUAUCACCAUCAUCCACCCCCCCGAUCACCGCCGCCGCCACCACCACCACCACACCGCAUUUCUCCAUCACUCCUCCCACUCUCUUCCUUUCUCCCGUUUCCUUUCAUCUCCACUUGUUCCUCUGCCGACUGCCUCUACCAACCUAGCCUCCCACUGCUGCGUCAUCAGAAGAACUUUUCUCACCAGAGCUAAAAAGAUUCACAACAUUCUUCACGUAGAGGAUCAUGGCCAGAAAGCUGUCACAACAGCACUUUGGUGCAACUUUCUUGUUUUCUCUCUCAAAUUUGGGGUGUGGUUUUCUACCUCGAGUCAUGUAAUGUUGGCUGAAGUUAUUCAUUCUGUUGCAGAUUUUGCAAAUCAGGCUCUUCUUGCAUAUGGGUUAAGUAGCUCACGGCGUGCCCCAGAUGCUCUUCACCCAUAUGGUUAUUCCAAAGAGAGAUUUGUCUGGUCUUUGAUUUCUGCUGUUGGUAUAUUUUGCCUCGGUUCUGGUGCUACUAUUGUUCAUGGUGUUCAAAAUUUGUGGACUUCUCAGCCCCCUGAACAUAUCGAGUAUGCUGCUCUAGUGAUUGGUGGCUCAUUUGUUAUUGAAGCUAUUUCCCUCGUUGUUGCUAUUCGUGCUGUUAGAAAAGGUGCUGCUGCAGAAGGAAUGAAAGUGAGAGACUAUGUUUGGCGUGGUCAUGACCCAACUGCCGUAGCUGUCAUGACAGAGGACGGUGCAGCUGUCACUGGCCUUGCCAUUGCAGGUGCAUCAUUGGUAGCUGUGAACAACACAGGAAACGCAAUAUAUGAUCCAAUUGGUUCAAUUAUUGUUGGAAACCUAUUAGGAAUGGUUGCAAUAUUUUUGAUUCAGAGAAACCGCCAUGCUUUGAUUGGCAGAGCAAUUGAUGAUCAUGAUAUGGAAAGAGUGCUUAACUUUCUAAAAAGUGACCCAGUUGUGGAUUCUGUAUAUGAUUGCAAGAGUGAAGUGAUUGGACCCGGAUUUUUUAGAUUCAAAGCUGAGAUAGAUUUCAAUGGUGUGGUGCUGGUGCAGAAUUAUCUUAACAGGACAGGGAGAGAAGAGUGGGCUACACAGUUUCGGGAGGCUGCAAAGGAGAAAGAUGAUUCAGAGUUGCUCAAGAUCAUGUCCAAUUAUGGUGAGGAAGUGGUGACUGCACUGGGAAGUGAAGUGGAUCGGCUGGAGAAAGAGAUUCAGGAUAUAGUUCCAGGCAUUAGACAUGUGGAUAUUGAAGCUCACAAUCCUAUCACCCUCCCCUCGUCAUCUUGAUUGUUGCUCAGGGUCGUUGCUUGCUAAGUACGAGUAUAUUUGGGGGGGUGGUAUUGUAUUGAUAUAUUGACUCUGCCUCCAAUGGGGCUUGAUUGCUAUUACAUGAUGAAUGAUGCAAAAGGGUUGAAAGCAAAUGAAUGAAUAAACGAAUGAAUUGAGGACAGUAUGCGGAGAAUUUAGACUAGUGUU